AUGGUGGCGGUCCCGCCUCCCGCCGCGGACCGGGACAAGCACCGGGCCGGGGACCAGGGCCGGGACCGGGACAGGAUCCUCAGCCCCUCGGCUCGGCUCGGCCCCGCCCCUCCGGCCCCGCCCCGCGCGGGAUCCCGCAGGCCCCGCCCCGGCCCCGCCCCCUGCCGCGCGCGGGACUCCGCUCCGCUCCCGCGCCCCGCCGGCCCCGCCCCGGCCCGCGCGCGGGCCACGUGCGCGGUCGGGAGGCGGCCCCGCGCCGCCGCCGCGCGUUUAAAUGUCCCGCCGGGCGCGGCCCGCGCCGCGCGCAGGGACGGGAGCGGCCGCGCCGUGAGGCAGCAGGCGCCUGGCGAAACCCGCCUUGCCCCACCGGCACGGCACCCACCGGCCACCCGCUCCCGGCCGGCGAGGGCUGGCGCGGCGGUGAGUGAGCAGCAGUGCGGCGGCUGCGCGGACGAGAAGGGUCCCGCCAAGGGGGACGCGGGUGCGGAGUACGCCAUGCGAGCCCGCAAGAGGAAAGCUGAUGUGGCCACGUUCUUACAGGAUCCUGAUGAAGAAAUUGCCAAAAUGGAGAUGACUAGAAAAAAGCCCUGUGAAAAACAGAUGUCCUGGAGUAACAUUCAUGAGAAUGCCCACGUGCUGAUUCCCACUCCGGAUAAAGACGACGAUCCCGUUCCUGUUGAUUACUCACGCUUCAUCCAUCUGAGCGUUGUUCCCACCAGAGCUACCCCACUGCCAGCUCUCGGCUGGGCAAACAGGGAUGAUGUAUGGAAAAACAUGAUAAACAAAGAAGAGACCUACGUGAGGGAUAAAUUCUACAUGCAAAGGCAUCCCCAGCUGCAGCCUAAAAUGAGAGCCAUCCUUCUAGACUGGCUAAUGGAGGUUUGUGAAGCCUACAAACUUCAUAGAGAAACUUUUUAUUUAGCACAAGAUUUCUUUGAUCGCUUUAUGGCAACACAACAGGAUGUUGUCAAAACACUGUUGCAGCUUAUUGGUGUCACUUCUCUAUUCAUAGCAGCAAAGCUUGAGGAAAUUUAUCCACCAAAGUUGCACCAGUUUGCCUAUGUUACAGAUGGAGCCUGUACAGAAGAUGAAAUCAUCAGUAUGGAAUUGAUCAUUAUGAAGGCUCUUAAUUGGAACUUAAAUCCACUGACUGUUGUAUCUUGGCUAAACAUUUACCUGCAAGUUGCAUAUUUAAAUGAUCUUUAUGAGGUAAUGCUGCCACAAUAUCCACAGCAGAUAUUUGUACAAAUAACAGAGCUCUUGGAUCUCUGUGUGCUGGAUAUUGGCUGCUUGGAAUAUACCUAUGGGAUACUUGCAGCUUCUGCUUUGUAUCACUUCUCUUCAUCUGAGUUGAUGCAGAAAGUUUCAGGUUAUGAAUUCUGUGAGAUAGAGGACUGUGUGAAGUGGAUGGUCCCAUUUGCCAUGGCUCUGAGGGAAGUAGGAAGCUCCAAACUCAAACACUUUAGCGGGAUAGCUCCUGAAGAUUUGCACAAUAUACAGACGCACAUGAACAGCUUUGAUUUGCUGGACAGAGCUCAAGCAAAACAGGCCAUAUUGGCUGAGCAAAAUAGGACUUCGCCUUUCCCCACUGGUGUCCUUACACCACCACAAAGUAGUAAGAAACUGUCUUGUGGACUGCAAUCAUUAUGACUUUAGGAACUGUCGACGGACAAUUUUGCUGAAGUGCCUAUUCUGCUGGUUGUAGCUCCUGCUCCGUUACAGAAAUGCUGCCAGUGAAGUUCAUAAGCUUCCACGGAAUCUGAAAACAAACCUUACUUUCGUGUGACAGAAGUUUUUCUAUUUGAAAUAGUUUUAUUGAAUGUUAAAAUAUUUUAAAGAAAUGGAUCAAGUACACCAGCCACUUGAAAGAACACUGAAGUGUGCUCCAGAUGCUGCUACGGAGGGUGAUGCUUGAUCAACUGUUCAGAAAAAGGGCUUGGAGUUUAGAUUAGUUACUGUGCCUUGGGGUAAUCUGCAGAUUUGUCCCUCGUUGACAAAUGGGAAAAACGUGCUGUGGAAGACAACAUUUCAAAGCCUCUUUUUUUGAAUGGUUGGCUUACAACUUGAUGCCUUUUAAAAAACUCUUUAUUGUAAAAGCUGCUAUGUCUCUGUGUAUUCAUUUUAAUAAAAAUGCUGUCUAAGACAGCUGGUUUUAUGUA